AUGAUGAAUAUGUGUUUGUGGAACAAAAAAAUGGAGGGCAGCAGGUCCAGGUUGAUGGAAGAAAAAAGCAAAAAAAGAUCACUUGAUUGGGAAUUUGAUAUAAAAAGCAUGGCAGAAGAUAUAAAUCUUGUUUUGAAAACCAUGGUUUGGAUUCUAGGAAAUCAUAAAAACACAACUGUUCUCCAGUUUAAAUUGUUGUUGAAGAGCUUACAAAUUCAAAAGCUAUUCAUGACCCUUGUUCUUAGGGUUCUCAACAAGGAAUAUGCUUGUGAACAAGAGACAUUGAAUAAGAUUUGGGAUUUGAAGAUGGAGCAUAUGAAAUUGAUUACCGAUGCACGUGCUGAUUUGAACAAGAUUGGGAAUGACAAACGGAAGAAGAAGAAGAGGAGGAAGAGGAAGAUGGAGAAAUUAGUUGAGGAUGAUGAAAACAAUAACGUUAUUGAUCAUGUUGGAAAUCAACUCGUUCUAUGCAUUGAAAAAUUGCAAGAGUUACAAGAGGAGUUGGAGAAGAUUAACAAAGAGGCGAGUGGUGAGUUGUUGAAAGUUGCACAAAAGUACAAUCGGAACCGUCAACCGUUUUAUGACAAGAGAACAAAUAUUAUUAAAGAUAUUCCUGGCUUUUGGUCGACAGCUUUCCUGAGGCAUCACGUACUUGGUGGGCUUGUAUGUACUGAAGAGGACCGCAAGAUUUUUGAGUUUCUAAGCUCAAUCGAAGUGGAAGUCUCUCAAGAUGUCAUAUCAGGUUAUAUCAUUAUCUUCAAUUUUGAUUCAAAUGAAUAUUUUGAGAAUACAAAGCUUUGGAAGAAGUAUGGGCGUACUAAAAUUAGUGCAUCGUCAAUACAAUGGGCACAAGGCAAGGGAGUUGAUGAACGAAGCUUCUUUAAGUGGUUCAGUGAAGUUGAUAAAAUGGAUGAAAUCGGUGAGAUAAUCAAGGAUGAGCUGUGGUCCGAUCCUCUCUUUUGUUUUCAUCACGAGGCAGAUGAAGAAAAUGUUGAUAAUGUGGCAGUGAAGAAGAAUGAAGAUGGGGUAGUGAAGGACAGUGAAGAUGAGGAAUAA